CAUGACUUGUUUUUUGUUGUAAUUAAUGAAAGAACAUUAAAUUUUAUUUCCCUGGGGUUAUGCUCCUCCUCUUAAGCCCCGCCCCCACCAGGAAGUAGCAGCAUAAACUCAACAGUGCUUUCACUUUGAGCAGUGUUUGUGCGUGUAUACACACACGGUGGAAAAAUACUUAAAUCAGCUUUUACUUUAAAGGUAGGGAUCAUUUUACUCGCCUGAGGUUGUAGGAAGUGCAGAGUUCAGUGCAAACUCUAGUAAACUCCUUCCUGUCUGCUCUGUGUGUGUGUGUGUGUGUGUGUGUGUGUGUGUGUGUGUGUGUGUGUGUGCUCACUUGCACUGAGAAGGAUCAAGAAUGGAGGAUUCAGAGGAAACCUGCCUGGAGGGACUGCUGAUGUGUCCAGUGUGUCAGGAUAUCUUCAAGGAUCCUCAGCAGCUGCCCUGUGGUCACAGCUUUUGUUUAGAAUGUCUGGAUAACAUGAUGCUUCACGCCUCAAACUCCGGCCUCUGCUGCCCUGACUGCAGGACUCACUUUGGACCAGACAUCAAGGUCAAAGUUCAGAAGAGUUACGCGCUGGCCAACAUUGCAGAGGACUUCCGGCAAAACAGGAAGAGGAGGGAGCAGAAAACAACCGUGUACUGCGACUGCUGCCCAGAGAAACACACCCCGGCGGUAAGAACGUGUCUGAAGUGUGAGGUGUCCAUGUGCACGGAGCACGUCAGUGGCCACGUGGAGCUUCCGGUGUUCUCAGGACAUCCUCUGGUCAAACCUCUGAGUGACCUCCAGGAGAGGAAAUGCCCUCAGCACGAGGACGAGGUGCUGAGGUACUACUGCAACACUUCCAGGCGCUAUGUUUGCAACAUGUGCGCCCUGGAGAGCAAGCAGCACAACCUCGCCACUGAGGCCUCCACUGUCCUACGGAGACAGCUCACGGAGUUCAUGGAGCAGCGCUUCACAUUGCUCAAACAGCAAAUCACAGAGAACACCGACUCUGUGAGAAAACUGAGAGAAGACAUUCAACGUGAGAAACUGAAGACGGAAGCACCUGCCGGCACGCACUUCAACAGUGUCACAGUGGUUCUUCUCUGUCUGUGGUUCAUAGUUCUCUACUAUGCUUACAACUUCUCUGUGGAAAACCAGGCAUUAACAGAAGAGCUGGAAAAGGAGCAGAACCAUGUGCAUCAAAUCCUUUCCAACAUUGCAGAACUUCUGCUUAAGCAUCCACUGAAGGAGUAGCCACCUUCCAAUCAUUAUGGAAAUGUUAAAAGAAUGAAAGGAUGCUGGAUCGUCUCAAGUUCAACUUAAAAGUUCUAUGGGUCAUCCUCUCGACCCACUGCUCUCUCCGUGGUGCCCAUGUCUGUCUGUGGGGAGGAGGUUGAGGGUCAACACCAUCUCCCACAAGAGCCACCAAUGGAAAAGGAAGUGCAGCAGCACCUCCUGGAGCCAAACACACAGCAACAAAGGAAAGGGGUUUUCUGGCUUUAAGAUUGAACAAACGCUCUGUGUGUAACCCAUGAGUGAAAAUAUUCAUGCGCAUAAAAAACGUGGCAGCAUUUAUUGGAGAAGUUCCAUUUUGUAGCUCAAUAUUCCUCAACCUCACCGGUCCCUUCCAACUGUGUUGGCAGACCUGUGUAUCCUUCAGUUGUGGGCUAUUGUAAAAACAUGAUGGUCCUAAAUGGCAGCUACAGUAGAGCUCAUUGCUAUUCAUACAAUCAGAUAAUUAUACACCAAUUAAAAAUGACAAUAAAUAAUUGUUUUAUAUGUCAAUUUCUGCUAAAUAAAAGAAAUUCACCUAAACGUUACACACUGGACCUUUUAAAAGAAAAAGAGAUAAACAGAUUGCAGUAACCAUUGGGUGGGUAACACUUAAUAAGACUGUUACAGGGCUCAUAUAAUUGCAUUAAAAAUUUGUUUUCACACAUUGUUACAGUCCAGCCACUUGGUACGAUCCUAUUAAGAGAAACGGACCGUGCAAAAUAAUCUACGAGAUCUCAGGCUUCACACGGCUCAUUGUGGUCCCUUUUUUCUAACAUGUCAUAAUUAAUACAUUUAAUCAAUGAUUUAUAAAGCUUUAAUAACCUAAAUAUGAACAAGUUAUAAAUACCUUACAUGGGUAAUCUUUAUAAAGUAGAUCAGGAGGAUAAUGCAUGAUACUUUCUCUUAAAAGUUCCUUUCUUUAAGUAAGUAAAAACUGUAAACUAAAUUCAGCUUUUUUCUCUUG